AACAAAUGUUGGAAUUCUCAGCAGGGCUAUGAUUUCUUUAAAUGAAUAUGGUUCCAAUUCCUGGGAGCUCAGAGUCACGGUUGAUCAUCACAAUGGAGAAGAACAAAAAGAGACUACCCUUCAAGUAUCAGGAGACCUUCAUGUUGGAGGAUUGAUGCUCAGGCUUGUGGAACGAAUUGGGAUAUCGCAAGAUUGGUCAGACUAUGCCCUUUGGUGGGAGCAGAAGAAAUACUGGCUUCUGAAAACUCAUUGGACACUAGACAAAUACGGAGUACAAGCAGAUGCCAUGCUAUUGUUUACCCCUCAGCACAAAAUCCUGCGCCUUCUCUUACCAAGCAUGAAAACUGUGAGGCUGAAUGUUAGCUUCUCUUCUGUGGUAUUCAGGGUUGUUGGGGACAUCUGCAAGAGCCUUGGUAUUCGGCGAUCAGAAGAACUGUCUCUGCUGAAGCCAACCGAUGAGACAAAAAAGAAAAAGAAAAAAGACAAAGACAAUGAACCAGUCGUAGAAGAUAUUUUAAACCUGCAUAAUUCUCCAGUGAGUUUGGGAUUGCCAGCUAGUCCUGGCUUAUACAGCAAAACCAUGACUCCCACUUAUGAUCCCAUCACUGGUACGCCUGUCUCUUCCACUGUGGCAUGGUUCAGUGACAGCCCCUUGGCACAACAGAGCUGGACCACCCUCGCUUUCAGCCAUCCUAGCUGUGCGCCAGAAACCCUUGCCAAAAUGUAUCAGCCUCGAACAUUGGUCGACAAAGCAAAACUGAAUGCUGGAUGGUUAGAUUCAUCUCGAUCACUUAUGGAACAAGAUAUCCAGGAGGACGAUCAACUUCUACUCCGUUUUAAAUACUAUGAUUUCUUCGAUUUGAAUGCAAAAUAUGAUGCAGUACGGAUCCACCAGCUAUAUGAACAAGCCCGCUGGGCUAUUCUGCUGGAAGAAAUAGACUGCACAGAAGAAGAAACCUUCAUUUUUGCUGCAUUGCAGUACCAUGUCAGCAAGCUGACAUUAUCAUCAGGGUCGCAAGACUUCACAGCUGAAAGCGAAACCGACGAAGUGGAAGCAGCACUUUCCAAUCUUGAAACAACACUAGAAGGUGGAAAAUCAGAGAAUAUACUGGAGGAUAUCACAGACAUUCCAAAGCUUGCUGAUAACCUCAAGCUAUUUAGAUCCAAAAAGCUGGUGCUGAAAGCCUUCAAGCAAUAUUGGUUUGUCUUUAAAGACACAUCAGUGUCUUAUUUUAAAAACAAAGAAGCUGAGCAUGGAGAACCUAUCGAGAAGCUCAACCUAAGAGGAUGUGAAAUUGUCCCAGAUGUAAGUGUGUCAGGGAAAAAAUACAGAAUUAAAUUACUCAUCCCGGUUGCUGAUGGAAUGAAUGAAAUACAUUUGAGGUGUAAUGAUGAAGAGCAGUAUGCCAGGUGGAUGGCUGCUUGUGUGUUGGCUUCCAGAGGGAAAACAAUGGCAGACAGUUCUUAUCAAUCCGAGGUCCACAACAUCCUCUCGCUCCUGAAAAUGAAAAGCAGAACGGCUGCACCCCAGGAAGUUUCGGAUGUAGAAAGCAUGGAUGUGAAACCAGAAUGCUUCAUCUCACCACGAUAUGCUAAGAAAUACAAAUCUAAGCAGCUGGCAGCUCGCAUUCUAGAAGCCCACCAGAACAUCAUGCACCUGUCUCUUAUGGAAGCCAAACUGAGGUUUAUCCAGGCAUGGCAAUCCCUUCCAGAAUUCGGCUUAUCCUAUUAUAUUGUAAGAUUUAAAGGAAGCAAGAAGGAUGAUCUCCUGGGGAUUUCUUAUAACAGGCUGAUUAGGAUAGACACAGCUACUGGGGACCCAAUUACAACAUGGAGAUACUCAAAUAUGAAACAAUGGAAUGUGAACUGGGAGAUACAGCAGGUUGCCAUUGAGUUUGAUCAGAAUGUAUCUAUUGCUUUUGCUUGCUUGAGCGCAAAUUGCAAGGUGGUUCAUGAAUACAUUGGUGGCUAUAUUUUCCUGUCAACCCGUUCCAAAGACCAGAAUGAGACAUUGGAUGAAGACUUGUUCCAUAAAUUAACUGGUGGAUGGGAAUGAAAGGAAACAAGAAGCUUUUGCUGGAUUGCAUAGGAGGGCAAGAGGUGAUUGUGCUCACCAGGGUGGCUCCUUGGUACCCUGGUCCUGCCUGAUUCCUUUAAUAAAAAUAGAUAAAAGAGGAAGCUGGAAUAUCGCUAAGCAAAGCAUCAGCCUUUGGCAUCAUAUUUAUGGACAUCAUAUUCAUGGACAACAAUCACAUCUCCCUUGGUGGCCAUUUGUGAGUGUGCCCACAAGAUGCUUUCAAAAUUCCAAAUGUGCCCUCUGCACAAAAAGUUUGCCUAUCCCUUGCCUAGGGUAAACAGGACUUCAGAAAUCAAGAUGGAGGGCUCUUCACUUUACUGAUCAAAACCCAGUGUUCAACUAUUGUUGUUUUCUCCAUGGCCAUUUGAGAGAGGUGAUGGUGGAAAAAGACUGAAUUACAAAUGGAAGAUUAUGUCAGAUGGACCCCUCACAAAAUUCCACGAAUAAAGCAGAAUUGAAGUCUCUUCUGAAAA